AUGAGCGCACCACCACUGCCAACGGCCGCCGACGGUUACAUCGACACCACUGCACCAAUCGCCACACUCUCCCAACGGAUAUGGGACAUCGACGAGGGCCUCUCUGACAUCGAGUCGAUCGACGGCGACUCUGACUUUUCGGAAUUCUCCACCACUUCCUCGACAUCAACCAGGGACAUCGAGCGUGAAUGGAACGAGAACCUGGAGCAGGGUCGACAGCUCUUUGCCAUCGUCAUCUUUCCCUUCGUCGGCCGCUGGCUCGGCAAGAAAGUAUCCUACUGGAUUUGGACAGCCUUCCUAAAACACCACUACAAGAUCCGCGCAAUAGGUGCCUGA